AACCGAUGAUUUCGAAAUCAACACACCGAAUUCAAACUAAAGACUGCACACACGGAAAGUGCGACUGUGUUUUCGCAUAGUGAGCCUGUGAAGUGAUAGUUGACUGGUGUUUCGAGUUCCUAGUGAUACGGGAUUAAGAUGCUUAGCCUAGUGUACGUGGUCGCCCUUUGCGCAGUCGCCGUUGUAGGAGUCCCAAGGCCCGGUGAAGACGGCAAAUGGCACCCUUACAAAUAUGGAGACACUGGCAAGUACAUUCCGACUGACGAAGGGAAAUAUAUCCACAUUCCUAACCCUUAUAUCCACGAAGAUAAUCCCUACAUCCAUGAUUACGAACCUUAUGUGGGGGAGGCUACAGUGGACCAAUACCGACAUGUGUUGACCGCUCCUGAUGAGUUGAAUCCAUACUACCAAGAUGGAUAUUACAGGAACAAUGGCAUCAAGAUCAUCAGGCAGAAACAUAAUUAUCAAGAGGACAAAUACGAUUUCGAUUUCGAGACAGAGAAUAAGAUUCGUGCCGAGGAGAAGGCCGUUUUGAAGAAUCCGAACACAAUAGACGAAGGCAUCGCUUCAAAAGGUUUCUAUGAAUAUAUUGGGCCGGACGGGUUCAUGUAUAGAGUUGAAUACACGGCUGAUGAGAAUGGUUUCCGCCCUAAGGUCAAAAGGCUAGAAACUAAAUACUCCGGCAAAUGGGUGUUAGAAAAGGUUAACUAGACAAAAAUAAAUAUUAAACUUAUAUCAUAUCAGUAUUUCCAGUUGACAUUUCAAGUAUAUUUUUUCGACUGCAACAAAUUUUACUUGACUGCAAAAUUUUACAAGUUUCCAUUUUCUUAACAAUUUCAAUCUUUACCAAGACAUUUUUAAACAGAAUGUGAUUGUGUUUGUGCGAGUUAAGAUAGUGUAAUUUAUAAUUUAGUUUUAAGAGCUUAGACUUACGCUAGAGACUAUUUAUGAAAUGUGAUAAUAAAUUUUAUUUUAUUACGAUCA